AUGGGGACUGCGGCGGCGGUGGCCGGGGAGGGGGCGCGCGGCCCGAGCCCCGCCGCCGUGUCGCUCGGCCUGGGCGUGGCCGUGGUGUCGAGCCUGGUGAACGGGUCCACGUUCGUGCUGCAGAAGAAGGGCAUCGUGCGCGCCAAGCGGCGAGGCACCUCCUAUUUAACAGACGUGGUGUGGUGGGCAGGCACCAUUGCAAUGGCCGUCGGCCAGAUCGGGAACUUCCUGGCGUACACGGCGGUGCCCACGGUCCUGGUGACGCCCCUGGGUGCCCUCGGCGUGCCGUUCGGGUCCAUUUUGGCCUCAUACCUCCUGAAGGAGAAGCUCAACAUCCUGGGCAAGCUGGGGUGCCUGCUCAGCUGCGCGGGCUCCGUCGUGCUCAUCAUCCACUCCCCCAAGUCGGAGAGCGUGACCACGCAGGCUGAGCUGGAGGAGAAGCUCACCAACCCCGUGUUCGUGGGCUACCUGUGCAUCGUGCUGCUCACGCUGCUGCUGCUCAUCUUCUGGAUCGCGCCGGCCCACGGGCCCACCAACAUCAUGGUGUACAUCAGCAUCUGCUCGCUGCUGGGCAGCUUCACCGUGCCCUCCACCAAGGGCAUCGGCCUGGCUGCCCAGGACCUGCUGCACAACAACCCGAGCAGCCGGCGCGCGCUGGGGCUGUGCCUGGUGCUGCUGGCCGUGCUGGGCUGCAGCAUCAUCGUGCAGUUCCGCUACAUCAACAAGGCGCUCGAGUGCUUCGACUCCUCCGUGUUCGGCGCCAUCUACUACGUGGUCUUCACCACGCUGGUCCUGCUGGCCUCCGCCAUCCUCUUCCGCGAGUGGAGCAACGUGGGGCUGGUGGACUCGCUGGGCAUGGCCUGCGGCUUCACCACCGUGUCCGUGGGCAUCGUGCUCAUCCAGGUGUUCAAGGAGUUCAACUUCAGCCUCGGGGAGGCCGGCAAGGCCAACCUGAAGGCGGACUAG